AUGGCGAUAUCGAAUCCGAGAGUGACCUAUAUCAAAUGGACUUUGCUUGUUUUGGCUCUAUUUGCGCACACCUGUAAUGGGUUUUAUCUCCCGGGAAGCUACAUGCAUACAUAUUCCAAAGCGCAAGAAAUCAUUACCAAAGUUAACUCCUUAACUUCUAUAGAGACUGAGCUGCCCUUCAGCUACUACAGUCUCCCUUAUUGCAAACCCCCUAAAGGUAUCAAGAAAAGCGCUGAGAAUCUCGGGGAACUCCUCAUGGGAGAUGAGAUCGAGAACUCCGCUUACCGAUUUAAAAUGAAUGUCAAUGAAACUGUUUACCUAUGUACCACACACCCAUUGACUGAGCACGACGUAAAGCUGCUGAAACAAAGAACCCGUGAUCUGUAUCAGGUCAACAUGAUCCUUGAUAAUUUGCCGGCGAUGAGAUAUGCUUACCAAAAUGGGGUUAAGAUUCAGUGGACUGGGUUUCCUGUUGGGUACACUCCACCCAACAGUAAAGAUGAUUACAUAAUCAAUCACCUGAAGUUCAGGGUUUUGAUUCACGAGUAUGAAGGGAGUGGUGUGCAGAUAAUUGGGACUGGGGAAGAAGGUCCGGGUGUCAUUUCCGAAGCUGAAAAGAAAAAGGCAUCUGGGUAUGAGAUUGUUGGCUUUGAGGUUUACCCUUGUAGCAUUAAAUACGACCCUGACACCAUGAAGAAAAAAUCCAUCUACCAAAGUAUCCCAGCUGUAAAUUGCCCCUCAGAGCUUGAAAAGUCUCAAAUAAUAAGGGAGCAAGAGAGAGUAUCAUUCACUUAUGAGGUUGAGUUUGUGAAAAGUGAUAUAAGAUGGCCAUCAAGGUGGGAUGCUUAUCUGAAGAUGGAGGGGGCUCGUGUGCACUGGUUCUCUAUCUUGAAUUCAUUAAUGGUGAUCUUUUUCCUUGCUGGUAUUGUCUUUGUCAUAUUCCUAAGGACUGUGAGGAGGGAUUUAACAAGAUAUGAAGAACUGGACAAAGAAUCUCAAGCUCAGAUGAAUGAGGAGCUCUCUGGGUGGAAGCUUGUUGUGGGAGAUGUGUUCAGAGAACCAGAUUCUUCAAAGCUUCUUUGUGUUAUGGUUGGAGAUGGGGUUCAGAUUACAGGGAUGGCAGUUGUCACUAUCAUUUUUGCAGCAUUUGGUUUCAUGUCGCCAGCUUCACGAGGAAUGCUAUUGACAGGAAUGAUCAUUCUAUAUCUUUUCCUUGGGAUUAUUGCCGGUUAUGUUGCUGUCCGUAUGUGGAGAACCAUAAAGGGAACUUCCGAAGGGUGGAGAUCAGUUUCCUGGUUUGUGGCAUGCUUCUUUCCUGGAAUCGUCUUUCUUAUUCUUACGGUACUGAACUUCAUUCUAUGGGGCAGCAAUAGUACUGGUGCACUUCCCAUUUCCUUGUUUUUUGUACUCUUGUCCCUCUGGUUCUGCAUUUCAGUGCCUCUCACUCUUCUCGGAGGUUUCUUAGGCACACGAGCUGAGGCAAUUCAAUAUCCUGUGAGAACCAACCAGAUUCCAAGGGAAAUUCCUGCGCGCAAAUAUCCAUCAUGGCUUCUUGUUCUUGGCGCUGGGACACUUCCAUUUGGAACCCUCUUCAUUGAACUUUUCUUCAUCCUUUCUAGCAUCUGGCUUGGGAGGUUCUAUUAUGUCUUUGGUUUCCUGCUUAUAGUGCUUCUGUUGUUGGUUAUUGUUUGUGCUGAAGUUUCAGUGGUUCUCACCUACAUGCAUCUUUGUGUGGAGGAUUGGAGGUGGUGGUGGAAGGCUUUCUUUGCUUCAGGUUCUGUUUCCCUUUAUGUGUUCCUGUACUCCAUCAAUUACUUGGUAUUUGACCUGCAGAGUUUGAGUGGGCCUGUGUCGGCUAUCCUUUACCUUGGUUAUUCAUUGAUCAUGGCAACUGCAAUCAUGUUGUCAACUGGCACAAUUGGCUUUCUCAUGUCUUUCUACUUUGUUCAUUACCUCUUCUCAUCCAAAGGUGAAUUGGAUAAUUCUUUCGAAUCCCAACAACCGGUUGAUUUUGUGCUGUCGGAGGCUGAAUUACAGGCUCCUACAGUCCCACUGUUCAUUGGUUAG